AUGAAGAUAAUAUACCAGAAGUCAAAACCAGCGGAGUACAACAAUUUUAGGACCUUCAUGUUUGGAAUCACUUCUAACUCCAUGUUUCCCGACGGGGUCGUAUAUGAGGGCUGCAAUGACAACAAGCCCAUGUUCUUCCGUGGAGAGACCGGUGCUAACGAUGCAAUGGUGCCACUCAUGGACUACUUCCUUCAGAUACCCAUGCCUGAUACACCUCUUACAGUGAUUCUCGAUGAGUUCUCGGAAUACCGUUCUGACAAACACAAGGAUUUUCUCAAUUUCGUGAAACAGCGUGGACGAGAAUUGGAUAUCAAAGGAUUUGCCCUCAAUGGAGCCGGUACUGCCGGAUCCGAGGAUGUUAGAGAUGCUCUCCGUGAAUCUAGGGGACUAUGGCUCCAGAUCCUUGAUCAGGAGGUAGCCCAAUCGUAA